GUCUUUAAAAGGCCCACUGUUUCCCCUCAGCAUGCAGAACCAGCCACCCCCUCUCGGGCACUGCUACCAUGAACACCUUUCUGCUCGCUGCCCUGUGCCUCCUGGGAUCCUGGGCUGCCCUGGCAGGGGGAGUCACUGUGCAGGAUGGAAAGUUCUCCUUUUCUUUGGAGUCCGUGAAGAAGCUCAGGGAUCUCGGAGAUCUCCAGAAGUUCACCCGCAGAAGCUCUGCUGUGGUUCCCAACCCCUGUAACUAUCCCAACUUUCCCAAAGAACUCAAGCCUCUCUGCAAGGAGCGCAAUGCCAGGGAGAUCCUCCAGAGGCUGGAGGCCAUCGCUGAGGACUCGAGCUCGUGUGAAAUCUGUGCCUAUGCUGCCUGUACUGGAUGCUAGGACAGCGGGGGCUUGCUGUCUUUUGCCCUUCCCCCACAGGACGCUCCUACUCUGGCAGCUUAAUCUACCCUGCUCCCAUCGGAGGACGGAGGAGAGAGCAGCCUGGGGACACCCAGCCCCUAACCCCAUCAAAGCUGCCGGCAGCUUUUCCAACCUGCAUCUAAUAAACCAG